UGGGUAGGAUUAGGAAUAUGUUUUACAACAGUACACUCUAUCUAUCCUCUUCUUCUUUGUCAUCUCAUCUCCACUCUCAGUUCAGUUGCGCUAUGACUGUGAGUCCUCCCUCUGCUGCUCCCAUGUAACAACAACCCUUCUGAGUGAAAUGGAAAUCAGUAGCGGCAAUAACAGCAGUAACAUGAUGUGGUUUUUCAAAGAUAGAGGCUUUGAUGAUAACAUCAUACAAGGAAUGUUCAAAAAAUGCAAGCGUCUCGAGACGGCGCAUCGCGAAAGAGCAGAUGAGAAUUGGGAGUAUUUGAAAACCAUUGGCAUUCUAGAAAGGAAACUUCCUUCAAUUGUUUCAAAAUGUCCUAAGAUUCUUGUACUUGGUCUUAAUGAGAAAAUUCUCCCCAUGGUUGAAUGUCUCAACACACUUGCAACAAAACCUAAUGAAGUUGCAUCUGCCAUAGCCAAGUUCCCUCACAUUCUCUCUUAUAGUGUCGAAGAGAAGCUUUGUCCCCUUUUGGCGUUCUUUCAGGCAUUAGGCGUCCCCGAAAAACAAAUCGGGAAAAUUUUACUGUUAAACCCUAGGCUUAUUAGUUACAGCAUUGAGAUAAAGAUGAGGGAAAUUGUGAAAUUCCUUGCCAGCAUUGGUCUUGAUAAAGACGGAAUGAUUGGUAAAAUUAUGGUCAAGGACCCGUUUAUUAUGGGUUAUAGUGUUGAUAAAAGGCUUCGCCCUACUUCCGAGUUUCUGAAGUCAAUUGGUUUGACUGAGCAGGAUCUUCAAGUGCUGGCCUUGAACUUCCCGUCGAUUUUGAGUAGAGACGCAAACAAGGUCUUGGUACACAAUUACGAUUAUUUAAAGAACUGUGGGUUUCAAGGGCGACAGAUAGUUGAUUUGGUAGUUGGUUUUCCUCCUGUUUUGAUCAAGAGUAUCCGAAAUUCUUUAGAACCAAGGAUCAAGUUCUUAGUAGAUGUAAUGGGGAGAGAAGUCGAUGAAAUCAUUGAUUAUCCAUGCUUCUUUCGUCAUGGCCUGAAGAAAAAAUUAGUGUCGCGGCACAAACUCCUACAGAAGAGGAAUUUGAAUUGCAGCUUGAGUGAAAUGCUGGACUGUAAUGAGAAGAAGUUUCACUUGAAGUUUGGCUUGUUAGAAGGACAUGCCUUGAGUAACUAGGUCUCAUCACUAUUUUAGUUUGUUUAUGAUUUUCAUAAUUAGUCGACUCGCUUUUCUUUCCUCUCAUGUGGAGUACCUUAUGUAUUGAAAUUGUUGUGAUUCUGUAUGUCUCUGAUCUUUUAUUGAAAUUCAUGUCUGUUGUAACUAAGAUGAUAGGUUAUUCCAAAGUUAUUAUUUACUUUUUAAAAAGACAAUUUUUUUUGGUUGA